AUGGCUUUAUGUUACAAGGUGAAUAUUAGGCAAGAAAACGAGCCCGACUUAGAAGAAAUUGAUGAUAAUGUUUUCAACAUCGAUAUAGAGUUUCGUUAUGUUCCAUCUCUCAACUCCGAAAUCACUGUAGAUACCUUUGAACAAAGCCUGAUUUUUGAUCGAGAUAUGUUUUUGUCUAAACUAAAUCAUCGAGACAUCACUGACUGCAUAAUUCCUCAUUCAAGAGUUUCUCGAGAAUUCAUUGAGUUCGCUGCCGUUCCUCCCAUUUUACGUUUUGCGAGGGAUGCAAAUAGCAACCCAAUGAACCUUGGGCUUAAAGUAAUAAAUAUAGAGGUGGUUGUGGACAUAGUUGUUGAUGUGAACAUCAUCGAGGAUGAUGAUAUUGACUAUGAUGAUGAGUUGCUUUAUGAUAUUGAUUAUGAUGAUGAGUUGAUUGAUGAAUUAUUGAUGAACGUUGUGUUCAACUUCACGCCAGCAAGUAGGUCAUCGAUUGAAGGUCUGGAAAGGGUUAAAUGGGAUUCAAUGACGAAGAGAGAGGAUGAAUGUGCCAUUUGCUUACAGGAGUUCAGAUUAUAA